AGAACAGUUGAAGGAACCGGCCAAGGCAGUGUGGCGUGUACCUGGACACACGGCAAGGAAGCACAGUGGAAGCACGUCGCUCCCAAACAGAGGAUUCAUCAGAGUCAGCCAAGUAUUGCCAGGCAUCUGAAGUGAUUGACCAAGACCUAAGGACUUGGAACAGUGGUGUGUGAUGUCAAACAGUGGGCAGUCCUUGCGGCCUCCCCCGCCAGCCUGCAGCGUCAUGUGCCAGUAUGAAUAUUAAGAAAGAAAAGCGUACUUCAGAGCUCAGCAUCCCAGAAAGAAAAAAGGAGGAACUAAAGGGAGAGAACAAAUGACUGCACUGCUUGCAAAACUUGGGGCCGUUCACUUUUUCUCCUGAGAAAUUUCAUCUUGGCCUUCGUGAGAGAGCUGAAACAGCAGGCAAAGCAGCCACAGUGAUUUUUCCUUGGGUCCUUUUUUUUUUUAUUUCCUAAUUUAAUUUUUUCCACCUCGUGCCUGGAUUUUGAGACCGUCAGCUGCACUGAUCACAAGCACUGGACACCAAUAUGUGUCAUGUCAUUGUAACGUGUCGGUCAAUGCUAUGGACUCUCCUGAGCAUUGUGGUGGCCUUCGCAGAGCUCAUUGCUUUUAUGAGCGCAGACUGGCUGAUUGGCAAAGCAAAGACUUCAAGCUCUGAGGAUGUGGACAACAGAACGGGGGGGUCGCAGGAGCCUUACCAUCCAACGCUGGGCAUCUACGGGCGCUGCACCAGAAUCCCCCACAUGCAGCUUUCUAGACGAGACACGCUUUGUGGUCCUUACGCCGAAAACUUCAACGAGAUUGCCAGUGGGUUCUGGCAGGCAACCGCUAUUUUCCUAGCCGUGGGAAUCAUGAUUCUCUGUGCCGUGGCAUUUGUGUCUGUCUUUACUAUGUGUGUGCAGAGUAUUAUGAAGAAAAGCAUUUUUAAUGUCUGCGGGCUGCUACAAGGGAUUGCAGGCCUCUUCCUUAUUUUAGGCUUGAUACUUUACCCUGCCGGUUGGGGAUGCCAGAAAGCAAUAAGCUAUUGUGGACCUUAUGCUUCUGCUUACAAACUAGGAGACUGCUCCUUGGGCUGGGCUUUCUACACAGCUAUUGGUGGCACUAUUCUGACGUUCAUCUGUGCGGUCUUCUCGGCGCAAGCUGAAAUAGCCACAUCCAGUGACAAAGUGCAAGAAGAAAUAGAAGAAGGAAAAAACCUUAUCUGCCUCCUUUAACUCCAGCGGGGAACAAACACCAGUGCCUGGAUCUUACUCUGCUUUCCAUUGACUGGAGAAGCAGAUCCGCUUACCUGUUUCCACCAUUUGUGUGACUGAGCCCCAUGCAUUCCAGCCCCGAACUACUGAAAUGGUCUUUCUUCCUUUGCUGGGCAAUGAGGAUCAGAGGAAGGAUCCAGAGAAAGCAGAAUGUAAAUACUUGGGGAUAUUUUUAGUUUCAUUCUAUGAUCAGGACAUAGUGGAAUAUAUUAAUCUGACUGGGGAGGUGAGGAAUGACGUGUAUAUAGCAGGAAUGUUGUUGUUAUAGCUGACAAAUUCUGAUUGAUCGGAUUGCCUUACCCACCUUGGUCACUUUGAAGAAUUCGGAUUUAAAAUUUUAAGAGCCAGCACAUACUAUUUUUAUUUUUUUUUUUUCUUAUACAAAAGAGAAGCCUAUUUUAAUUAGGCUUUGUUUCUAAGGGCUCCCCUCACCUGUGAAUAUUCCACCACCACCUGGUUUGGUACCAUACUUUUCAUUGAGGUGCUUUUUGAUACUGAACUGACCUGAUAGUACAGUGCCUUCUCAGACAGUAAGUAUACCUUGGAGAGAGCAAAGUUGACGUGAUGCCAAGUUUACACCAAUCUUUAAGAGUUUAAAAAGUUGACACCCUGCCAGGCUUCUUUGUCUUGAAACUUACAGUGCAAGGUGUGUGCCACUUGUUACAUAGCCGGUAAACGAUUUUGUUUCCAUUGACUAAACAGAGAAGCUGUUCUUACACGGGCUUUCACCUGAUUCUGAUAAAAUUGUUUGAAAUAACCAUUGUUAGAAAUAUUUCUACAGCCUUGAUUAGAAGUCCUGAAAUCCCAAGCAAAUAAGAACUUCCUACAGGACAGCUGGGCACUAUCCUGUGAAUGCCAACAGCCUGACCUGGGCUGUAGCCUCUCCUGAAAAUGUAGAACACACGUUGAACUUCAACAGUAUUAUUUUUUCUUUUGCCAGUGAAACCUCAUUCCUCGUCUACAGAUCGGUCUGUCUCAUGACCCAGAGCCACAUGAGUCCUUAAGAAAUUUACAUUUUUCAGGAAGUCUUGCCAAAUUCUACAAGGCUGGGAAGAUCUCUUCCCUUUUUUUAAAACCGCACGUAGUAUGGACAUUUUUCCAACUAAAUCAGCAGAACUAAAACAGACCUUGCCACAAAUGACAUUCCUUUCUCAAAGGCAGUUGGUUGUAUUACUUGUGGUGUUGCAUCACUUUCUAGAACUACUUCUGAAAACAAAUUUAAACUAUAUUUUAAAAAACGAAGGGAUGGUGCAACUGUGCCAUGUGAGCGUUGGGGAUAAUUUAUCUGAGGAGUAGUUCUAAUGCAACACUAAGUGAAUUUUAGACUCCCUUUCUUAUUUGUUAGCUUAACAUCUCCCAGUGACAAUGUUACUCUCCGUCACUGCACUCUAUAAUAAUGGAGCAGAGAGUCUUGUUUAUGCCAUUAGUUUAGUUAUAGGUAUUAAAAAAAACGCUGUUACUGUACAGAUGGGUGCCUGUCUUCAGGACACUGCUGAAGGGACUGGCAAUACAAGAGCUGUUCAGCAGGCAAGGACCACCAGCCCAGGGCCAGCCAGGAGCAGGGGUGAGCACUAGCAGUGGUGGUGGUGGAGCACCCUCCAUCCCUGCUCAGACACCCCCUUGGCCAUCUGUGGAGCAAAGCAGGGCCAGCUGCCAGCCUGUGCCUGUCCCUGCCCUGGGCACCUUCCCGCCACGGGCGGGAUGGACGGACACGGAGGUGAUCUCUGAGCCGCUCUGCAACAAACAAGGCUGAUAUUAAAAGAGAUAUUCUGCUGAUAUUAAAAAGAGAUUGUUUUAAUCUAGCCUUUUCCUGUCUUCACCUGCUCCUGAUACCCGCUUCCACCGUAUUCUAGUGUAAAACGGGUAAAUCACUUUUCUUUUAAAUAUUUAAUUAAAAAAAACCCAAAAACAAACCCACGAAAGUUACGGUCUGGAACCAUUUCUGCCAACUGCCUGCACAAAGCAAGAUUUGUGAUUUAGCACAAAGUGACUUUCAUGAAGCGGUCUUGAGGAUGAAACUCGCAGCCGGCACGUCCUGUCCACACCGGUGGUCUUCUUCUCCUGGACUUUUUUUUUUUCCCCUCUGAAGGGCAGGCCUGGCGAGGGGAGUCACACCGUCCUUGUGGUGUUCCUCCUGAGCCCUCUGCUGGAGCCUGCGCCACAGAGGCUGGGCUACCAGUUGGGAAAGGAGGAGGGGGUGGUAGGAAGGGUAAGAGUAGCACAUAGAUCAGGUAAGGAUUAAUUAUGAAAUAGAUUUGGGGUUUUAGCUUUUCUUAGGUGGGUAGCAAUCCAGUGUCCGUGUCACCACUGCCCAUAAAUCUUGACACAAUAUUAAGGUGACAAAUGCUGCUUUGGCUUGAGCACUUGAUCAGUCAGAAUAAGGUCAGUUCUUCCAAAAGUUAUAGAGGGGAUAUACUGCUUUGCCUUAGAAGUAAACAAUGAUCAACCUUCAUUUACGUUACUAGCUGACCUCUGCUGUGAUCUACAGAACGCUUGAAAAAUUUUUAAUAGUGCAGUUUUUAAGUACAAAGGAGGUAUUUUCAGUGGCAUGUUUUGCUUUUGUUUGCAUUUGUAACCAAGAAGAACCAGCUUUUCUGCUUGUUGCUGGUAUUACUAUCAACUUGCGCUGCGACAACAUAAUCAACUAACUUGCAAGAAUAUCCAUGUUCAUCACAUAGCACAGAUAGAAGACAGGCUGGGAAGAAAUAACAGAAAAAAAAUAAUCAGAAUUUCUUUUCUCAGGGUUCUGUUUUUCUAGCAAGUGAGAAGAUGGUAUAUAUUGCAGAUAUUUUUUUUUUCUGGAGGUUGUUAUCAGGUGUAGGGUGCACUCACUAAACUUGACAGCUGUUUAAAGUUGUUCCUGAAGUUCACCUCAGCAGUAGCUUUCAAAGGUAUUUUGGAAAAAUUUAAAAAAAAAAAAAAAAAAG